GCUAGUUGUGUUCAUGGCUCCUCCUGCAACAUCGACACGGGGCUGAGAGGCUGCAGGGGCAACGCAAAAAAACCCUGUUUUUUUUCUCGAUUUAUAGGAAGGGUGUAGAAUUGCGCAAUGUUAAAGAAAAAAACAUAUUGAAUUGCGUCCUAAACGUCGUUCCGACUGCUGUGAAGGGUUUGAAUUUUCCUUCGGAUUCUCAACACCCCAAAUGAACUCCGUCAGAGCCAGCAGCAGACGACCCAGGCGAGUGUCGAGGCCGCGCCCGGUACAACCGGAAAGGAAUAACCAGGACAGAGAUGAGGACGUCCCCGCAGAUAUGGUUGCAGAAGAAUCCGUUCCUGGAGCUCAGAACAGUCCCUAUCAGCUACGAAGGAAGUCUCUGUUGCCCAAGAGAACCGCGUGUCCAGCCAAGAGCAACAUGGAGGGAGCUUCUACUUCCACGACAGAGAACUUCAGCCACCGAGCCAAACGUGCCAGAGUCUCUGGGAAGUCCCAAGACUUACCAGCAGCGCCAGCAGAGCAGUACCUUCAGGAGAAGCUUCCAGAUGAGGUGGUGCUGAAGAUAUUCUCGUACCUGCUGGAGCAGGACCUGUGCCGGGCCGCCUGCGUCUGCAAACGCUUCAGCGAACUGGCCAACGACCCCAUCCUCUGGAAGAGGCUGUACAUGGAGGUGUUUGAGUAUACGCGUCCCAUGAUGCACCCUGAGGCGGGAAAGUUCUACCAGAUCAAUCCAGAGGAGCAUGAGCAGGUGAACCCCUGGAAGGAGAGCUUUCAACAGUUGUACAAAGGAGCCCACGUGAAGCCAGGCUUUGCGGAGCACUUCUACAGCAACCCUGCCAGAUACAAGGGGAGGGAGAACAUGCUGUACUAUGACACCAUCGAGGACGCGCUGGGCGGCGUGCAGGAGGCUCACUUCGACGGCCUGAUCUUCGUCCACUCUGGUGUCUACACAGACGAGUGGAUCUACAUCGAGUCCCCCAUCACCAUGAUUGGAGCUGCGCCAGGGAAAGUGGCAGACAAGGUGGUGAUUGAGAACACGAGAGACUCUACGUUUGUGUUCAUGGAAGGCUCCGAAGAUGCCUAUGUGGGAUACAUGACCAUACGGUUCAACCCUGAUGACAAGUCUGCCCAGCACCACAAUGCCCACCACUGCCUGGAGAUCACCGUCAACUGCAGCCCCAACAUUGACCACUGCAUCAUCCGCUCCACCUGCACAGUUGGGUCAGCGGUGUGUGUAAGUGGCCAGGGGGCAUGUCCUACCAUCAAGCACUGCAACAUCAGCGACUGUGAGAACGUGGGGCUGUACAUAACCGAUCAUGCACAGGGCAUCUAUGAAGACAACGAGAUCUCCAACAAUGCUCUGGCGGGAAUCUGGGUGAAAAACCAUGGCAACCCCAUCAUCAGACGCAACCACAUCCACCACGGACGAGAUGUGGGGGUCUUCACUUUCGACCAUGGCAUGGGCUACUUUGAGAGCUGUAACAUCCACAGGAACCGCAUCGCGGGCUUCGAGGUGAAGGCGUAUGCCAACCCCACGGUGGUGCGCUGCGAGAUCCACCACGGCCAGACCGGGGGCAUCUACGUGCACGAAAAGGGGCGGGGCCAGUUCAUAGAGAACAAGAUCUAUGCCAAUAACUUUGCUGGCGUGUGGAUCACCUCCAACAGUGACCCCACCAUCAGGGGCAACGCCAUCUUCAAUGGUAACCAGGGUGGGGUGUACAUCUUUGGGGACGGGCGCGGGCUGAUAGAGGGAAAUGACAUCUAUGGGAACGCUCUGGCCGGUAUCCAGAUCAGAACCAACAGCUGCCCCAUCGUACGCCACAACAAGAUCCACGACGGCCAGCAUGGAGGAAUCUAUGUGCAUGAGAAGGGUCAGGGGGUGAUAGAGGAGAACGAGGUGUACAGCAACACGCUGGCAGGGGUCUGGGUGACCACAGGAAGUACUCCAGUCCUGAGGAGGAACCGGAUACACAGCGGCAAACAGGUCGGAGUGUAUUUCUAUGACAAUGGCCAUGGUGUUCUGGAGGACAACGACAUCUACAACCACAUGUACUCUGGAGUUCAGAUCAGGACUGGCAGCAACCCUAAAAUAAGGAGGAACAAGAUCUGGGGCGGCCAGAACGGAGGCAUCCUGGUCUACAACUCAGGUUUGGGCUUCAUCGAGGACAACGAGAUCUUCGACAACGCCAUGGCGGGCGUGUGGAUCAAGACAGACAGUAACCCCACGUUGAGGAGGAACAAGAUCCACGACGGCCGAGACGGAGGCAUCUGCAUCUUCAACGGAGGGAGAGGAGUUCUGGAGGAGAACGACAUCUUCAGGAACGCGCAGGCGGGGGUUCUGAUCAGCACCAACAGCCACCCCUCUCUGAGGAAGAACCGCAUCUUCGACGGCUUUGCUGCAGGUAUAGAGAUCACCAACCACGCCACAGCCACUCUGGAGGGAAAUCAGAUCUUCAACAACCGCUUCGGAGGACUGUUCCUGGCAUCUGGUGUCAACGUUACCAUGAAAGAUAACAAAAUAAUGAACAAUCAAGAUGCCAUUGAGAAAGCUGUGAGCAGAGGUCAGUGCCUGUACAAGAUUUCCAGUUACACCAGCUAUCCAAUGCACGAUUUUUACAGGUGUCACACCUGCAACACAACAGACCGCAACGCCAUCUGUGUGAACUGCAUUAAGAAGUGCCACCAAGGGCACGACGUGGAGUUCAUUAGGCACGACAGGUUCUUCUGUGACUGUGGAGCGGGGACUCUCUCCAACCCCUGCACGCUGGCCGGAGAGCCCACGCACGACACGGACACGCUGUAUGACUCGGCGCCCCCAAUAGAGUCCAACACGCUGCAGCACAACUAGGCUGCACACCUGCCUGGGAGAGGAGGAACAGCCGGACAUUCACAUGACAGUUCAGUUUCACAGAACGUGUACAGAUGACUUUUAAAACAAGAGGCCGAGCAGAGGAAGAGAGGAUCUAUUUAAUACGUUCUGCUGUGGACACCACGCCCCCCUGCCCCACUCACACCUGCAACACAUUUGGCUGAAAGAUGGCCAUGUUGUCAGGGGCUGAGGAUGGAGACAUGGUGACUCAGGUUAUUAUGGGAUGUUGGGCAGCCAGGCUGUUGGGAGGGGGGUUAAUGGGGGGGGUGUGACCAGACAGGAGACAUGGCCAUGACACAAUGCUUCCAUCCGUCUCCAGGCAACUGUUGCGCUGGUAUAUAUAUAUGUACCCUCUCUCUCCCCUCUAGCACUUCGGGUUUUCUUUUUUUAAGGAAAAAAAAAUGUUGAUAUUGAUUUUAAUGCUCAUGUAGUUUUGUAUUUUCAUGCAAAAAUCUUAAUGUACUUGAAUGUCUUUUAUUUUAUUAAAUGUGUAUUAUAAUUUUUUUGGUUAUUACACCCUAGACUUGCUGUAAUUGUACUCAUGUCACAGUGUCUAAGUUCUUUCUAUGAAAGAGAACAGAAAAAAAGAAUAACACUAAAUCUUUUCUCCAGCAAUGUUGAUGUUUUUGUGUGGGACUCUGAAAUAAGGGAAAUACGUUAAGAUUUAAAUUCUUUGGAUGGUGUGAUUUCAUAAGACUUUGCACCAAACCAGAGCCUCAGUCCGGAAACCUAGCCCCAGCCUGAUACCCUCGUCCACCUGAGGCGCGCUCUCUUUUCAUUAACAGGGACACUUUGUGGCAAAGUUUUGUUGCUGGGGAGUGAUACACAUGCUUUGGGGAGGUGGAGGGAAUCUGGGGGGUGAUGCGCACAUGCUCUGGGGAGGUGGAGGGUGCUGAGCGCUCCAUCCUGUCCAGAAGAAGCUCCACACCGCCGAGACACGACAGGAAGUCUUGUGAAAUCAGUGCUGACCCGUCUUCUGAAGAUUCCUCUUAACGUUAAGUUAAAUAUUGCUGGAGAUUGUUCCCUCCCCAUGCUGAGAUGAGUAUCUGUACGUUCCAUUGCUUUCUCCCUGACCAUCCAUAUGUAUUGGUGACUGUGCGUUCUCAUACAGCCUGAAUUGUAUGCAUGACCAUAACAUUAGACUUAAUAUAUUGUGAAGUAUUCAAUAACCAUUAUGUAGAUGCUAGUGUGAAAAAGGGUUUAAUUUCCUAGAGGAAAGUGGACAUUUUUAAAAAUAAACUUUAUUAGAUCA